CUGGGACAUUGACUUUGUCUUUGGAGACAAACUCGAUCAAACUCGUUACAAAGUAUUUUUGAAAAUUAAUAAAUGUCUGAAGAAUCUUUACACCUCCAAAGCUAACAUAUUCUCUAUUCUGAGGUUUUAGGGUUUUAUGACAGUGUCUCCUUCCUCUUGCGCAGACUAAUAAUCCAAUCCUAGGCAAUCUGAUUAUUCGAAACUCGAAGGGAUUUUCAAAUAUGGGGGUGAAGGAUGGGAAUGCCGAGGAGAACCCUCUGGACCUUUUUCUGAAGAUUGGCUUAGACGAGCGCACUGCUCGCAACACCAUCGCCAACACUAAGGUUACCAAUAAUCUUACGGCUGUCAUCCACGAGGCAAAUGUCACUAGCGGAUGCAAUCGGACUAUUGGAAAUCUUCUGUACUCAGUUGCUACAAAAUUCCCAGCAAAUGCCCUUGUACAUCGCCCUGUGUUACUGCAAUAUGUUGUCUCAUCAAAGAUCAAAACUCCAGCUCAGUUGGAAGCUGCAUUUUCUUUCUUUUCCAAUACUGGUUUGGAGAAUUUUAAGUUAAAUGAAUUUGAAGAAGCAUGUGGCAUAGGGGUUGAUGUUUCUACUGAAGAUAUUCAACACACAGUCAAUGAGAUUUUUGAAGAGAAGAAGAAUUCAAUUUUGGAGCAACGCUAUCGAACAAAUGUUGGUGAUUUAUUUGGACAUGUGCGGAAGAGGCAACCAUGGGCUGAUCCAAAGAUUGUCAAGCAACUUAUUGAUGCAAAGUUAUACAAAUUACUUGGUGAGAGGACUGCCGCGGAUGAUGAAAAGCUGUCAAAAAAGAAGAAGGAGAAGUCUGUUAAAGUUGAGGCACAAAGUGUUGCUGUGAAUGCCUCUACUCCGGUGCAAUCAUCUGAAGAGGAACUGAAUCCUUUUCUGAUAUUCCCUCAGCCAGAGGAAAAUUUCAAGGUGCAUACUGAAAUAUUUUUCAGUGAUCGCCCUGUGCUGAGGGUGUGCAAUUCGAAGGAAAUGCUUGAUAAGCAUUUGAAAGCUACAGGAGGAAAAGUAUUCACUCGUUUUCCACCUGAACCAAAUGGAUAUUUGCAUAUUGGUCAUGCCAAGGCAAUGUUUGUUAGUUUUGGCCUGGCAAAAGAGAGAGAUGGAUGCUGCUACCUGAGGUAUGAUGAUACAAAUCCUGAAGCUGAAAAGAAAGAAUAUAUUGAUCAUAUUGAAGAAAUUGUCCAAUGGAUGGGUUGGAAGCCUUUUAAGAUUACUUACACUAGUGAUUAUUUCCAAGAUCUGUAUGAUCUGGCAGUGGAGCUGAUACGGCGAGGCCAUGCAUAUGUUGAUCACCAGACACCUGAAGAGAUAAAAGAGUACAGGGAAAAGAAGAUGAACAGUCCAUGGCGGGAUAGGCCUGUGGCGGAAUCACUCAAACUAUUUGAUGAAAUGAGACGCGGGAUGAUUGAAGAAGGCAAAGCAACACUUAGGAUGAAGCAAGACAUGCAGAGUGAUAAUUUUAAUAUGUAUGACCUCAUUGCCUAUCGAAUCAAGUUUACUCCUCAUCCACAUGCUGGAGACAAGUGGUGUAUUUAUCCUAGUUAUGAUUAUGCUCACUGCAUUGUCGAUUCUCUUGAAAAUAUCACUCAUUCGCUGUGCACUCUUGAAUUUGAGACACGCCGUGCUUCAUACUACUGGUUGCUACAUGCACUGGGCAUUUAUCAACCCUAUGUCUGGGAAUAUUCACGGUUGAAUGUCACUAACACUGUGAUGUCAAAGCGUAAGGUGAAACAAUAUUCUCAAUGCUUUUGUAGAAGUUUAAAGUUCAAACCUGUCUUGUGUUCUCUGAUAUUUGACUAUGUUGUGCUAUUGCAGUUGAAUCGACUGGUGACAGAAAAGUGGGUUGAUGGUUGGGAUGAUCCUCGUCUUAUGACCCUAGCUGGUUUACGACGCAGAGGAGUGACCCCAACCUCAAUCAAUGCUUUUGUUCGAGGAAUUGGUAUCACUAGAAGUGACUGUAGCAUGAUACGUUUGGACCGCCUGGAGUAUCACAUUAGAGAAGAGCUUAACAAAACGGCACCUCGUACAAUGGUUGUGAUACAUCCACUCAAGGUGGUUAUUACAAACCUAGAAGCUGACUCAGCGAUGGCUGUUGAUGCAAAGAAAUGGCCUGAUGCUCAAGUGGGUGAUGCAUCAGCAAUUUAUAAGGUUCCCUUUUCAAAAGUUGUAUACAUUGAAACCACUGAUUUUCGGAUGAAAGAUUCAAAGGAUUACUAUGGGCUCGCUCCUGGUAAAACCGUGCUACUCAGAUAUGCGUUCCCUAUAAAGUGCACAGAAGUUAUUCACGGUGAUGAUAAUGAGAGUGUUGUGGAGAUUCGGGCUGAGUACGAUCCUCACAAGAAGACAAAGCCGAAGGGUGUUCUUCAUUGGGUUGCAGAACCUUCCCCUGGGGUUGAACCACUUAAGGUGGAAGUUAGAUUGUUCGACAAACUCUUCCUUUCUGAGAAUCCUGCGGAACUUGAUGAUUGGCUCGCUGAUCUAAACCCACAAUCCAAAGUGGUGAUUCCAGAAGCAUAUGCUGUAUCUUCUCUUAAAAAUGCUAUAGCGGGAGACAGGUUUCAGUUUGAACGGCUUGGUUAUUUUGUAGCAGACAAGGACUCCAAGUCUGGUAAACUUGUCUUCAACAGGACAGUCACACUAAGAGAUAGCUAUGGUAAAGGUGGGAAAUAAAUGGACGCAUGUGGGUGUGCUGUGAACAUUUUGUACUUGUAUAAAACAUAUAAUUGGCUUCUUAAAAAGGUUAUUGAUAAUUUUUAUCAUAGAAUAUUGUAAAUUCAUAUAUUUUUUAGGAGAAAACAAUUGAAAAUGAUUUCCAUCUUUUUUGUGGAAAUUAGUUCGGAAAA